AUGUCUAUGAGCAGCACAUCUACCACCAUGUUCCGCCGCGCUCUUCUAAGCAGCCGUCUCGCUAGCUCCGAGUGCACCGCGCGAACUGUUCGACCGGCCUUUGCAGCAUACAGAAAUGUCUCCAGCUCCGCCCGUCUCCCUACACUCACAGCAUCAGAGACCCGUCGCCGACCAACAGUGCGACCAAACCAGCAACCUAUUGCACGGAACCCGCUUAAUGGGCUCUCGCCGACGAGCAAGCGCACUAUCUUCAUCCAGACUGAGAAUACCCCCAACCCCGAUGCUCUGAAAUUUAUCCCCAACCACCGCGUCCUUCCAGAAGAUUUCCCUACGACAUUCCUCGAAUACAUGUCUCCACGCUCAACUCUCGCCCCACCACACCCUUCCCCUCUGGCAGCCAAGUUAUUGGAUGUGGAGGGUGUGACCUCUGUUUUCUACGGCCCUGAUUUCAUCACCGUGACCAAAGCUGGUGAUGCCAACUGGUCACACAUCAAGCCCGAGGUCUUCAGCAUCAUCACCCAGGCUGUGACAUCUGGUGAGACGAUUGUAACGACCACCGAAGCCGGCGCCGAGGGUCAAGAGAGUGUCGCAGACUCGCUGAGCUACAACGAGGAUGACGACGAAGUCGUCGGUAUGAUCAAGGAACUUCUCGAGACGAGAAUCCGUCCUGCCAUUCAGGAGGAUGGUGGCGACAUCGAGCUGCGCUCUUUCGAGGAUGGUAUUGUCAUGUUGAAGUUGCGCGGUGCUUGCCGUACUUGUGACUCGAGCACUGUCACCUUGAAGAAUGGCAUUGAGUCCAUGCUGAUGCAUUAUAUUGAGGAGGUCAAGGGUGUCGAGCAGGUUAUGGAUGAGGAAGAGGUGAUUUCUAUGCACGAGUUCGCUCGAUUUGAAGAGAAGCUGCGCCAGCAGAAGGGCGCUGCGGCUACCGCCUCUGCUCCCUUGGACAGUGCCCCGUGA